AUGCCCGUCGCUGUGGCUCAUUCCCAUAGGCCAACCACAAAGGUUACACACAAGGCCUUCAAGUCACGGGCUGCUUCUAAGCAUGAGUUGAGGGACCGCGCAAAGGGCCGAGUUGCCGACGAAAAGGGCAACAGAAAGACUCCCCAUCAACAAGUCAUGUCUAAAUUCGACCGACGAAACCAGGCCAAGCAGGCCCGAUUGAACAAGCACAAGGAACAUGUUAAGGAAACCUCUGUUUUCGCUGGAAAGGAUGGCGCUCCUCGACAUGUCGCCGUUAUUCCCCUUUGCGCUGGAACCGACCUUGACGCUGCGAUCAAGCAGCUGAACAACAGCGUCGAUAUCGAGGACAACACCGAGAGUGGGAACUACCGAGUCACAGUCGACCGAUUCAAGCAAAAAUUACAAUACAUUCCUAUCGAGCGAGACCUGAACGCCUGUCUCGACGCUGCCCGUGUUGCUGACUUCGUCAUUGUCGUUCUGUCCGCCAACGUUGAGGUUGAUGAACUCGGAGAGUUGAUCUUGCGAAGUGUUGAGAGCCAGGGCAUGUCCACCCUCUUUACUAUCGUUGAAGGUCUCGACAAGGUUGAGCCCGCGAAGCAGCGACAAAGUGUUCUAGUCUCUCUCAAAUCUUUCAUCACACAUUUUCACCCUGAGCAAGAGAAGCUUUACAGUAUCGAGAACCGACAAGAUUGUGCCAACCUCAUGCGAUCACUGUGCAGCACAACACCAAAGGGCAUCCGAUGGAGAGACGAGAGGAGUUGGAUGCUUGCGGAGGAUAUCAAAUUCGCCUACUCCGAGUCCGAUUCAACAGUUAUCACUGGUGUUGUCCGCGGCAAGGGCCUCAAGGCAGACCGUCUUCUUCAGGUUGGCGACUGGGGAACUUUCCAGAUUGAGAAGAUUGAGGCUGCUCCUCUGCCUAAACAGGUCAAGAAGAAGGGAGAGGAGAUGACCGUUGACCCCGAAGAGGCUGGCAAGCUUCUGGAGGAGCCUUCUGAGGAUCGAGAUGACUUGGUGGAGCUGGCUCCUGAGGAGGUCAUGAUGGACGACGCUGAUGACGCCAUGACAACUGACGCCACUGAGAAGAAGGGUGUUCUUCUGGAUGAUCACCACUAUUUCUCAGAUGAGGAGGCUGAGGCAAGAAAGAUCAAGAAGAAGGUUCCCAAGGGUACAUCCAACUACCAGUCAGCUUGGUAUCUGGAGGAUGUCUCUGACUCAGAGUCCGAUAUGGAGGACUUUGAGAUGAAGGAUGAGGCUGGAGAGGAGGCCCGUCCUGAGGAUGGUCUUGAGGGCUAUGCACCUGCACCUGCUACUGAGGGUGCCCCCUCAGAAUAUCCUCAAUCGGAGAUGAUGAUUGAGCCGGAUGAGGAGGAGGAUGCUAAGCAGCUUGAGCAAUAUCGAGCUGGAAAGCGAAAUGAGGUUGAGGACGAUAUGGAGUUUCCCGAUGAGAUUGAGUUGCACCCUAAUGUCUUGGCCCGAGAGCGUCUGGCCAGAUAUCGUGGUCUGAAGAGUCUGCGAACCAGUACCUGGCAGGAGGAUGAGGACCGCGCACAUGAGCCUGAGGAGUGGAGACGUCUUCUUCAAGUUCCAAAUUAUCAAUCCUCAAAAUCCCAAGCCACAAGAGAGGCUCUGGUCGGUGGUGUUGAGCCUGGUACCCGUGUUCACAUCUACGUCAAGGGCAUCUCUCCUAUCCAGGAGAAGACCUACAACCCCAAGAAGCCACUCACUCUCUUUUCUCUUCUACGACAUGAGAACAAGAAGACGGCCGUCAACUACCUUUUCAACCUCAGCUCCGAUUUCACCAAGUCUAUCAAGGCUAAGGAGGAGCUCAUUGUCCAGUGUGGACCUCGCCGAAUGGUUAUCAAGCCUCUCUUCUCCCAGCCUGGUCAAACACCAAAUGAUGUUCACAAGUACUGCCGGUUCCUCCACCCCGGUCAGUCAGCCAUUGCGACCUUCAUGGGUCCUCUAACAUGGGGUGCUGUGCCUGUUCUGUUCUUCAAGCGAACCACAGCCGAGGAGGUUGAGAAGGACGAGAACGAGGAUGGCCCUCACAUUGGUCUUUCACUCAUCGGCACAGGAACCGCGCUACCACCAUCCACAUCUCGCGUCAUCGCCAAACGCAUUAUCCUCACUGGCCAUCCUUACCAUAUUCACAAGAAGAUCGUCACUAUCCGAUACAUGUUCUUCAACCGAGAGGAUGUCGAGUGGUUCAAGGCUCUACCUCUGUGGACCAAGCGUGGCCGCAGCGGUUUCGUCAAGGAGCCUCUCGGUACACAUGGUUACUUCAAGGCAACAUUCGAUGGACGUAUCAACCCUCAAGACUCCAUCGGCGUCAGUCUUUACAAGCGGGUGUGGCCUCGAAAUGCUGCUCCUGUGGAGGGACCCCUAUUGGAGAUCGAGCCCAGCGCAGUGCAAGCUGAUGGCGAUAUGAUGAUGGAUGACCAGGCAUAG